AUGGGAGGGUUCGCACAGAGCAGUGACAUCUGCAACAAGUUAUUCUCCGCUGGCGUCCCCGCUUGGUAUGUCCGUGCAAGCGCAUACAUACCCCCGCACAUGAAGGUCAUUGAACCCGUUUUGCUCACACGACCAGAUCACAUCAUUAUUUCCAUGUAUGCAGAGGGUAGAAAAAUCCGCCCAUUUGAAGUCAUACACCGUGGUCAAGGUGGUUGCAAUCGUCAUAUACACAUUCGCCGCCUG